AUGGCGGCCCCGGGGCUGGAGCGGCACCGGCUGGCGCUGCUGGCGGCCAAGGAGGACGUGGGCAACCCCCGGGCCGGGACCAACUGGGCCGUCUUUGCCUACGAGAAGCACCAUGACCUCAAGCUGCUGGACUCCGGAGCCGGGGGUCCGGAUGAGCUUGCCGAAAAGUUCUCCAGCACCAGCAUCAUGUACGGGCUGUGCCGCGUCCCAGACCCCGGCACCGGCGCUCACCGCAUCGUCCUCAUCAGCUGGGUCGGGGAGAAGACACCGGAGUCCCAACGUGAGGCGUGUGCCGGGCACCUGCCCGCCAUCAGAGACUUCUUUAGGGAGGCCAGCGUGGUGCUGAGCGCCCGCCGCGCCGAGGAGGUGACGCAGGAGGGGCUGAGCCGAGCGUUGGCACAGCUGGCCCCCGCCGCCGCCCCCACCCUCGCCAGGAGGGUGCCCCCCCCAGAUGCCCAGGAACUGGUGGGCACCAACUACCGCAAGACCAACCCGGCGCUGGAGAUCCGCCGCACCAAGCGGGACUCCUUCUGGGCCCAGGCCGAGCGCGAGGAGGAGCAGCGCAAGGAGGAGGAGCGGCGGCGGGCGAUGGAGGAGCGCAAGCGCUGGGAGCGGGAGCGGAUGGAGGAGGAGAGGCGGGAGGCGGCCGAGCGCGAGCUCCGCUUCAGGGAGAGGGAGCGGAUGAUCGAGGAGCAGCGGAAGGAGCAGGCGCGGCUGGAGGCGGAGGAGCGGAGGAAGGAGAAGGCGCGAUGGGAGCAGCAGCAGCGGGAGCACGAGGAGGCCAUGCGGGACCGCAGCCGGCGCAGCGAGUCCAUCGAGAAGGCGGCCGAGGCGGCCGUCCUGGUCUCCCAGCGCUCGCAGAACCCGCGGGAUUUCUUCCGGCAGCGGGAGCGCUCGGGGUCCACCUCUGGCACCCCGCUGCCCGCCGCCCCCCUCGGCACCAAGCCCGGUGCCCGGCGGCCAUUCCUGCGGUACCAGCGCAGCCUGACGGAGUCGGCCUUCAUCUUCCGCCGGCCGGACCCCCCGCCCUCGCCCGGACCCCUCCACCAUGGGGCGUUCCCCGCUGCGGCCCCCCCCAGCCCCCGCCGACCCCAGCCUCCCCUCCCCACCAGCCCCACGGGGAAAGGGACCCCUCCCUGUGCCACCCUGGGGACCCCCACCAGCCCCAUGGGGAACGGGACCCCCACCAGCCCCAUGGCGACCGGGACCCCUCAGUGUGCCACCACCGGGACCCCCCCCAGCCCCAUGGGGAGAGGGACCCCUCCCUGUGCCACCCUGGGGACCCCCACCAGCCCCAUGGGGAACGGGACCCCCACCAGCCCCAUGGCGACGGGGACCCCUCAGUGUGCCACCACCGGGACCCCCACCAGCCCCACUGGGAGAGGGACCCCUCCCUGUGCCACCCUGGGGACCCCCCCCAGCCCCAUGGGGACGGGGACCCCUCCCUGUGCCACCACUGGGACCCCCGCCAGCCCCACGGGGAGAGGGACCCCUCCCUGUGCCACCCUGGGGACCCCCCCCAGCCCAGCCAGGGCAGGGCCCCCCCAUGCCACCAGCCCCAUAGGGACAAGGCCCCCUCCCUGUGCCACUCUGGAGAGCCCCCCCAGCCCUGUGGGGGCAGGGGCCCCCCCUCUGGCCAGCCCCACAGGGCCAGCACCCCCCCCUCCCUGUGCCCCCUGGGGGCCCCCCAGCCCGGUGGGGGCAGGGGCAGGCCCCCCCCCCACCAUGCCUGGGCCAGGGCCCCUGCCCCCCGCCAGUCCCCCCAGGACGGGGUGCCCCCCUGCCCCCCCCGGGUCGGGGUCCCCUGACAGCACUUGUGGGGCAGAGCCCCUGCCCCCCCGCAGCACUCCCGGGCUCGGGUCCCCUGGCAACCCCCCCUGGCAGCCCCCCCCGGGCACCGAGGCGGCCGUGACUCUGCCUCCCCCCAGCCCCCCCAGCACCCUCCAGGAUGAGGACGGACCCCCCCCGGACACCUAUCCCCUCCCCAGCCCCCCGGCAUGGCGCGUGGGGCAGGAGCUGGCCCAGGGCGACUCGGGGCACAACGGCAUCGGGGGCCACGAGCAGGGGGGCUGGCCGGCCCCCUGGGAGCGGGGACCCCCCCCAGGGGAGGGGGACGAGCCCAGCGACAGCAUCUUCCCGCCACAGCCCCUGCACAAACCCAAGCCAGGCUUCGCCCUGCUGCUGGCCCGUGACGCCCCCCACCCGCAGCUGCCGGGGGGCACCAGCCCCCCCGCCGAGGACGAGGACCUCUCCCCCCACGCCGUGUAG